UUAUCUCAUCUCUUUCUCAAUUUCAACUACAAGCCACACCUACAACUACAAGUCUACAUACAUAUAUAUACACUCCUUUUUUGUUGAAACUUCACCUUACCAUCUCUUCUUUCUUAUAUCUUACAUGGUUUGAUUUUCAGUUCAUUUCACAAAAAACCUCAUCCAAAAAUCUCAUUUUCAUUGUCUACUUACUUGUCAUCAAACAACACAACCCAACUUUUAUUGCUUCACAUUUUUUUACUAUUUUCGAAAAAAUAUGAUUAUUGCUCAGAGAAUUGAAUGAGUAAACAAGAAUGGCUGCUCCAACUCCAUCUCUAGAAGGUGGUUGUAAUAAGCUUCAAAACAUGUUACAAGCCGCAGUGCAAUCGGUUCAAUGGACUUAUAGCCUUUUCUGGCAAAUUUGCCCACAACAAUUGAUACUGGUUUGGGGCGAUGGAUAUUACAAUGGAGCAAUCAAGACAAGAAAAACAGUGCAACCGAUGGAGGUUAGUGCGCAAGAAGCCUCACUACAAAGAAGCCAGCAACUAAGAGAACUCUACGAAUCCUUAUCGGCCGGAGAGACGAAUCCACCAACGCGACGGCCGUGUGCUUCUUUGUCGCCCGAAGACUUAACAGAAUCUGAAUGGUUUUAUUUGAUGUGUGUCUCUUUCUCAUUUCCUCCUGGUGUCGGGUUGCCGGGAAAGGCAUAUGCUAGAAGGCAACAUGUAUGGCUCACGGGUGCAAAUGAGGUGGAUAGCAAAACAUUUUCAAGAGCUAUUUUAGCUAAGAGUGCUCAUAUACAGACUGUGGUGUGCAUUCCUGUCUUGGACGGUGUCGUUGAGAUUGGCACAACUGAUAAGGUUCAAGAAGAUCUUAAUUUCAUCAAACAUGUGAAGAGUUUCUUUUUAGACCACCACUCUUUCCCAUCAAAGCCAGCACUCUCAGAACACUCAACCUCCAAUCCAACUUAUUCGACCGAUCACAUUCCCGCCAUCAUGUACACAGUGGCAGACCCACCCUCCACAGCAAAUCCCAAUCAAGACGACAUGGAUGAAGACGAGGAUGAAGAUGAAGAAGACGACGAAAUUGAAUCAGGAUCGGAAGAUGAAGCGGAUCAAGGCCAUAACCAACACGCAACCUCUAUAACAGAGGUUGCGGAGCCGAGCGAGCUCAUGCAAAUUGAAAUGCCCGAUGAUAUUCGGAUCGGGUCACCAAACGACGGGUCAAAUAAUUUGGACUCGGAUUUUCAUUUGUUGGCAGUGAGUAACCAAGGAAACCUAUCUAGACAAGUUGACUCGUAUAAAACCGAGAGAUGGGGUUCAAUCGAAGAACAUGCAGACGAUUCACUACAAGUUCAAUUAUCAUCUUCAGUGCUUCAUCAUCCAUUAGAAGACUUAACACAAGAAGACACACACUACUCUCAAACCGUAACCACCAUUCUCCAAAACCAACGGAACGAUUCACCUUCCAUCAACUUCAUCAACUACUCCACCCAAUCCUCUUUCACCAACUGGACCAACCACCACUUCCACGCGCCACCGCCUUCAGACACCACCACCACCCCCCAAUGGCUCCUCAAAUACAUCCUCUUCACAGUCCCAUACCUCCACACCAAAAGCCACGACGAAACCUCUCCGCAAACCCGCGACACCGCCGGAGCCAACGCCGAUCCCUCCGCCAGACUACGCGGCAAGGGGACCGGAACUCCACAAGACGAACUCAGCGCGAACCACGUCCUCGCUGAGCGACGGAGGAGAGAGAAACUCAACGAGAGGUUCAUAAUUCUAAGAUCAUUGGUUCCGUUUGUGACGAAAAUGGAUAAAGCUUCUAUCUUAGGCGACACGAUAGAGUAUCUGAAACAGCUUCGGAGAAAGAUUCAAGAUCUCGAGACACGUAACCGUCAGAUGGAGUCCGAGAAAAACGGAGUAACGGUUUUGGUGGGUCCCACUGAGAAGAAAAAGGUGAGGAUUGUGGAAGGGAGUAAUGGUGGGGCCGUUAGAGCGAAAGCGGUUGAGGUUGUUGCGUCGGUUCAGGUUUCGAUUAUAGAGAGUGAUGCUUUGUUGGAGAUUGAAUGUUUGCAGAGAGAAGGUUUGUUGUUGGAUGUUAUGAUGAUGUUGAGAGAGCUGAGAAUUGAGGUCAUUGGAGUUCAAUCUUCGCUUAACAAUGGCGUUUUUGUGGCCGAAUUAAGGGCUAAGGUUAAGGAGAAUGGUAAUGGGAAGAAAGUUAGUAUUGUGGAAGUUAAGAGAGCGCUUAACCAAAUUAUACCUCAUAAUAUUUAGUGAAUGUUUGAAUUCACAGCGAGUUUGACGAAAUCAGACAAAAUCAAGAUGAUUGUUGUGAUUCUGUCAAACUCGUUGUAAUCCAAACAUAGUCUAAUGAUACAUUAAUGGUACACAUUGGCUUAUAAUAUGUACAUAAAACUCUCAACUCGAACUCGAGUCAGAUAUGAACUGAAGUCUAAUGAUUAACAAGUAACGACAUUUGCAGAUUUGGAUUAUCUGAAUUACAAGAAAGGAAUAUGUAUUGUCUUUAGAAUCUAAUGGACUAAACUAGGUAGUUUUAUUGAAUAUUAAUUUAUGCAUAAUUUAUGAUGUAGAAGAAUGAAUGGAAAUUGAUUUGUGUUCCUCUCAAA